AUGUCAAACGUUGCUCAGUUGCCGCUGCAUAUACAGCUCGUCCAUCUCCGGGAGAUUCUCUCGACGAAUGCGACCCUUGUCGCUGUGAUCAAUCGUGCAGCACGGCUCGGCCUGCCGAACUGGUACCUGGCGGCGGGGUCCCUCUCGCAGACCAUAUGGAACAACGUAUCAGGCAUGCCGUCGGACACGGGCAUCAGUGACUACGACCUCGUAUACCACGACGCCUCGGAUCUCUCCUACGAUGCAGAAGACGAACAUAUUCAGGCUGGCAGGGCACUUUUCGCCGACCUAGGCGUGGACGUUGAGAUUCGGAACCAGGCGCGCGUCCACCUCUGGUAUGAGCAGAAACACGGCGUUCCGUGUCCGCCCCACGGCAGCACGGAGGCGGGCAUCGACUCGUGGAUCUCAACGAGCGCCAUGCUCGGCGUGAGACUGGAAUUUGACGGGCAGUGGACAGUGUAUGCGCCCCGAGGGCUUUCGGACUUUUUCAACAUGGUUGCUAGGCCUAACGCAGUCCUGGGCACGAGAGAGGCAUAUGAGAAGAAGGCGAGGCGUUGGAAGGGAAUCUGGCCGACACUUCAAGUUGAGCCCUGGCCUGCGUCGACAACAGAGGCUACAGCUAUCGAGCUUCCAGACGAAGCGGCUUUCGAAAAUCUGUAG